GAUUUCAUCAACACCCGAUCAACACAGAAAAGAAAGUCGUUUGUUAUCUUUAAAAAAAGUAAUCCUAUUUUUCCAGUAAAACUUUUACAAUAGGGAAAAGUUUUACUAGAUUCUUCUACUAUUUCAGAACCACAUGGAAUCGCCAAUUGAUUCCAUGGUAUCAAUUUUCAUACGUACGCUUUCAUAGAAGGCUAGAAGCUAUGAUAGACGUGAUAAUAUAGUAAACUUGAUUUUUUUUUUCAAUUGCAAAAGAAACCUUUGAGAAAUUUGGAAUGAAUCCCAACAACCCACAACACUUGAUGGGGAGUUAUCCUCCACAUUACUUUCAUGUGAAUCCCGCAAGUUUGAAUUGGCAGUGGAAUCAAGCAAUGCCUGGUCCUUCUACAUUAAGAGGAAAUUUCAUCCAUGUAAAUCCAGCCUUUUUUCAAACAAAUGUGGCCCCACUCCCUGAAUUGCCAAACCCUAAAAGAAUAAUUGUCAACCCAAAGUUUUUCCCUCAUGUUCAACCUGAAAGGAACACUGGAACUCCAUCUGCUUCACUCGAAGUGAAAAAUGUGGAAAUAAUUCCUGCUGUGUUAAGAGAUCAGGCACCAAAUUUGAACAGAGUUGUUAUUCAAGAAGAAACCAAGGAAAAAAAGCAACACAUCAUGGCCUUGAACAGCCAUAACUCACAACCGAUUGCGCAGCACCAUAUGAAACCAAGCCCGAUUCGACACAUUUCUGAACGCCGUAAGUUGACUAAAAUGGAUUUCACAAAUCAACCAAUGAGAAGCAAAUAUAAAUGGCGGAAAAUGGAGAGCCCAUUGAAAGCAAUAGCUACCAAACAUGCCUACAAAUUGGUUCGAAAAUCAGUUGUGAAAUCUCCCAAAUUGGCCAGUUUGUCAACCCAUCGUACGCAGUAUCAUUCAUCAAGACUUCUAACUCCUCCCAAAUUUACAAGUACACCAACUGAAACGCAGCCUCCAAUCAAUUCACGUUUCAAACUAGAUAACCGAGUUACCAAAAAUAAGAAGAAAGCUACCAAGAGCUCAAGUCCUCGCGUGUCGCUACCCAAAGUUAUUCAAAACAAGUAUAGACUAAUUCGUAACAAAUGCUGGAAAUCCAAGAAUCUUACUUUGACGAAAAGUGGCAUCAACCGUUCCAUCAUCAAUCAUCGUUCCGUUGUUAGUCGUUCUGUGGUCAAUCGUAGCUUCACCAACUUCAAAUCCCCAGUUUGCAGACCAAUGGCGCAUCACAGUAGUCGAUUGCAAAGGUUGGCUGUUGUAAUUAAGCCCAACAAGAGUAUCAAGAAGACCAAAACUACUAAGAGCAAGACACGGAAACGUUAUUAUGAUGACGAGGCAAAGGCCAAACCAGAUGACGAAGUCCUUGAUGACGUGGAUGUGGAGAUCGCUGAAAAACCUUCGGGGCCUAAGAAUCGUACGCCGAUAGGUGCACUGCCUUCUUUCAUUACAUUAUAGAAACAGUUCUCCAUUAAAAUUGCAUAUUGUCUUGUUAAUACUACUCCAGUUCUCUGUUGAUCCACUUGGUUAUUUGAAACUGGUUACAAUUGUUUGCAUAGACAACGGUCUACGGCCAAAUGCUCAUUGAAAAAUCUCUUGUUCGAGUACCUGUUUUAAUUAUUCUAUUUUUUUCCUGAAUUAACUGUACUUUUUUGUGUAAGAA